AGUUAGUUAUAUUUUCCGUGUUUCUGUCAGCACAGCACAGGGCGAGCCAAAUCCACCAGUUUAUUUGUGGUUUGUUUCGUCAACAAACUAGUGUGACCGAAACUGGUCAUUUCAACCGCUUAGUAAAUAUUUUUCGGGCCUUCAAUUUCUCACCUGGAAGUGUCCUGACUGACCUGAGACUGCCAGAAUGAAUGACAAGGAUUACUCGCCGCUGAGUGCUGCCUGCGUGAGAGCUCUGCAGGACAAACUCUACGAAAAAAGAAAAGCGGCCGCUGUGGAAAUUGAAAAGAUGGUCCGUGACUUCAACGUUAGCAAUAAUUCCAUGCAAAUAAAGAAAUUGCUGAAAAUACUGGGACAAGAUUUUGCUCUCUCUCAAAAUCCACACUUCAGAAAGGGAGGACACAUAGGCCUCGCUGCAGUUGCUAUCAGAUUGGGACCGGACUGUGCCCAAUACGUGCCAGAACUGAUUGAACCCUUACUGGCGUCAUUUACUGUGAACGACUCGAGGGUUCGUUAUUAUGCUUGUGAGGCUCUGCACAAUGUCGCCAAGGUUGCUCGUCAUGAAAUCCUGCCAAGUUUCCCUCAAAUAUUCAACGCACUUUGUGGUCUUGUUGCGGACCCUGACUUGAACGUGAGAAAUGCGGCUGAGUUGCUCGACAGAAUUUUAAAGGACAUUGUCACAGAAAGCCAAACAUUCGACUUAACCAUCCUGAUUCCUCUGCUGGGCGAACGGAUCUACACAAAGAGCAAUUUUUCUAGAGAAUACAUUUUGUCGUGGGUGUCGCUGCUGCAUCAACUGCCCAAAUUAGACCUCAUAAUUUACCUUCCGGAACUGCUGGAUGGUCUGUUUAAAAUCCUGGAAGACCCUGCUCCAGAGAUUCAACAGAGAUGUGACAACGUUUUAGCCCAGUUUCUAAGAACCAUUAAAAAGAAUCCAUCUCAAGUCGACUUCCAGAAAAUGAUAAAUGUGCUCAUUGUUCACGCUCAAUCAGUCUACCAGUCUUUACAACUCACUGCGAUAACAUGGGUGAAAGAGUUUGUUCAGCUUUCGGGGCCAGGAAUGCUGCCUUACACGUCCAGUAUUUUGACGGCUGUCCUCCCCUGCCACUCGUACGAGAACGAAGAGCGGAAAAGCUCUUCAAGUCGUUAUAAGAGAAAAUUUGCUUCUCUUUCCCUAGAUAUUAGAGAGACGGCGAAGGCAGUCAGUUUCAGUCUUCUGCGGCUAGUUUCCCAGCAGGCUGAAAACCCAACCGACGAUUUAAGCUGUCAACUCGACACGGACAGCGUCAUCGAGGUUCUGGUGCGCAGUGUGGGACAGGGAUCGGCCACCCCCAGCAAGGUCGCGUCCUUGACAUGGCUGCUCCAUUUGAAUAGGAAAAUGCCCGAUCAGGUAAGCAAAAAACUGCAAGAGUCGUCAAACGCGUUGGUCGGCGCUCUGUCGGACCCAUCAGACGAGGUUGUGUGUCACACCCUGGCAGUGCUCUCGUCACUGUCAGACAAUGCUAGUCCUGGAGGGCCUGAAUUCUUCCCUCAGUUCUUGGGUGCCCUUCUCCAGCACUUCCACUCCGAGAGAAAUGUUCUGGAGGAAAGGGGCCCCUUCAUUUUACAACAACUGUGUGUUCUCCUCAACGCAGAGUCAAUUUACCGCAGUUUGUCACAAAUCCUGAAAGGCGAGGAAGAUCUGCAGUUCGCACGCAAGAUGGUUGACUGCCUGCACGAAAUCCUGCUCACCUCCAGCGAUCUGGCGCAUCUGCGGAAGGACCUGCAGCUGCUCAAGACUGCCGAGAGCGCCUCUCUUUUCGUCUGCCUCUACAAGACUUGGUGCCACAAUCCCGUGGCCACGGUAUCGCUCUGCCUCCUGACCCAGUGCUACGCGCACGCAAGCACACUAAUCAAGUCAUUUGGGGAUUUGGAGGUGACAGUAGAAUUUCUGGUCGAGCUGGACAAGCUCAUUCAAUUGAUUGAAUCUCCGAUAUUUUCAAAUAUGCGUCUUCAACUACUUGAGAGCCCCCAACCACUGGUGCAGUCCCUUUAUGGUAUUUUGAUGUUGAUGCCACAAACAGAUGCGUUUCACACUCUGCGGCGGAGACUCAAUUGCAUUCCAAAGAUUGGAGAAUCCAAAACUUCUCCGUGGAAGGAAACCCGCAGUGAAGUCAAUAAAAUCAACUUUGCAGAGCUUCUUUCGCAUUUCCAAGAUGUGCAACAGCGCCAUUCUGCUCAGAGACAGAAAGGGAAGAAAAGCAAUAUCUUGUCAGCUGGACAGAGUGUGGAUAUUGAGUGAUUGGUUGUUAUUUAUUUUGAGUUCAUAUUUUUGUAAAGUCUAUUAUUUUAAAUUUUAAAUCAUUCCUAAUAAAUGAAAUUAAAAUUGGAUAA